AAUUAAAGAAAUGAAAAGAUAUAAAUGAAGUAAAGAAGGCAGUACAGUAUAUAAUAAAUCAAAAAGGACUUAGCUGUCAAAGCAGGAGCUCUUCAAGCUUUAGUCUUCUUUUUUCUUUCUUCGACUUAGCGCGCCAAGACCGGAGCGUUUUAGAUACGUCCGACCUCAACGAGAGCUAAGCACGGAAUGAAAGCCACUCACCUUCAACAAUCAAUAAAAUGGUAGCUUUGCUGCGUGUUUUUUUAGACUUGUGUUGUCUUGAUAUGGGCUUGUCUCAGAUCCUUUAAAUAUAGUUUUGGAAGAGCAUAAGUUAAAUGAUCUCCUAGCUACGACUUAAAAUACCUUUACUCAGGUAAUAACAACAGCUAUGGAACAUCAAAAAAGAGUAUGUGUUAUUGGAGCUGGUUUGAGUGGACUUCCAGUUAUUAAGUGCAUGAACCAAGCUGGGUUAAAAGUAACGUGCUUUGAGAAAGAGUUCAACAUUGCUGGUCGUUGGCAUAAAAAUACUGAGCAUGCUGUACCUCGUAGUACAAUCACUAACCUCACAAGGAAUUUAUCCUGCUACUCCGAUUUCCCAGUGCCAGAUGAAUUUCCGCUAUAUUUUUCAGCUGAUACAUUUUGCAAGUAUCUAGAACUUUAUGCAGACAAUUUUGGUUUAAGAAAGUACAUCAAACUAGGUUGUAAUGUUGUUAAUUUGACUCCAGCUUCAAAAGAAUUAUGUCCAGGAUGGAGAGUGACAUACAGAGAUGCUGGAAAAGAAGAAUUAGAAGAAGAAGAAUUUGAUUUUGUUGUGUUGGCUUCUGGUUUUUAUAGUAAACCGUAUGUACCUGCGAUUAUAGAGGAGAAACUUGCUUCCUUUAAGGGACGUGUAAUCCAUAGUAUAGAUUAUACUGGAUGGAAGGAGUUUGAAAAUGAAACAGUUGUGGUGUGUGGUUUGGGAAAUACAGGAGGAGAUGUUGCAAGUGAGGUUUCUGAUCACGGUAAACAAGUGUACAUCAGUACAUCAAAUGGUGCUUUAAUUGUUAAUAGAAUCUUAAAUGGUGGUGUAAUCCCAACAGAGCUGUCACGAGCACGUUUUUCACAAUACCUCCCUGCUUUUUUAAAGAGAAAACUGUCUUCAUACAUGACAAAAAAAAUGUCAAAUGCUAUUUACAAUCAAGAGAAACUUCGCUUGUCUUCGCCCAAUAUGGCAAGUGUGAUUGCGAACGAUGAAAUAUGUAUUAGAGUGGCUAGUGGGAAAAUAAAGGUGAAACCUUCUAUAGAGAAAUCAGAUGGGAACACUAUUUAUUUCUCUAAUGGAACUGUUGCUGAAAAUGUUGACACUGUGGUUUUAUGUACUGGAUAUCAAAGACAUUUUCCAUAUUUUGAGGCUGGUAUUAUACCGUUAGAGCACAACGGUAAACACAUACCUUUAUACAAGAACAUAUUUACCACAAAAUUUCGCGAGAGUUUGGCUUUUGUUGGUAUGUAUUCAGUGUUUGGAUCAACUACUCUGACGUCUGAAAUGCAGGCAAGAUACGCUGCUGAAGUGUUUAAGAAAAAUAUAUCUCUGCCAUCAAGUGAGAAAAUGGAAGAAAGUAUAUUAGCUGCAAAAUCUGCUCUUCAUUAUGCACUUGGUGGUGAUUUGAAAGAAUAUAACUUACAUACCAACCCGUGGUCUUAUUACGAUUCACUUGCGACGGAGGUUGGGUGUAGGCCGUCAAUGUUAUGGGUAAUGCUGACAGACCCUGUGCUAGCUUGGCAUUUAGUUAGUACUUAUUCCCCAUUCGAAUAUCGUUUAUAUGGACCACAUUCCUGGUCUGGAGCCAGACAGGCAAUUAUGGACCAGUUCAAGGUUAUGUAUGCUUUCAUGAAUGGCUCAAGAGAUGUUCCAAAUGCUAUUAAAUGAUUGCUUCUGUUCUCUGAAAAAAACUGUGCUUUAGUCUCUUUAUGUUAUCCAACAAAACAUCAAAGGAGCUAUCCUUUUUGUAAAAAAAUAUAAAUUAUCAUUUUAUAACAAUGUAUGUCUUAGUUUUUUGCGUCUUUUUAAAUUUCCAGGUAAAUAAGCUAGCUAGUCUAGUUGU